GAUUGUGGGUUCGAGUCCCAUCUGGGGUGGUAAAUUUUUUGAUUUCUCCCGAAAAUGACGGAGAGGUUAAACUUGGUAGCGUAAUAUUGUUAACCUAUUUUUAUCAUCUUAAAUUCUUUGCAACAAUCGCUUUUAAAAUCGUCUUCUGUGCUUUCCUGUGAUGGGGAAACUAAGCGUCUUUUUAUGCGUCCUGCUGUGGUCUAUGGCUGUGAUGUUGAAUGUAUUUGGGAGACCAUUGAACAAGCUCCAAGAGGCCACGGUGUAUUGGGAUGCUGCCCAGAAAAGCGUGAUCCUGAAGGAGGGGGUGAUGGUGAAGGAUGGUGGCGCCUACGGUUACUUCAAUGACACUCUGCUGCUCUCUGGAUGGGGUGUUUUGGAGAUCAGGGCGGGUUUUGGAGGAACUACACAGGGUGAUGAAAUUACAUUUUUUCUGGCUGGUUACCUGGAGGGUUACCUCACUGCUGGACAGAUCUACAGUCAUUACACCAACAUGUAUCCUCAGCUGAUAAAAGAUGAACAGGUUUUGAUCCCCUUGAAAAACUUUAUGAGCAAACAGGACAAAUGGGCCAGAGAGCAGGUGACUCAGAGGAGAAACAGCGACCCCCUGUGGAAUCAUCUUGGACUGAUCCUGGCCCAGCUGGAUGGACUGCAUGCUGGAGCUGUAGAAUGGGCCAAAAGCAAUCACAGGGAGCCUCUGCCGCUCUUUGCUCUCCAGUUCCUGAAUGGUGUUGGCGACCUCCUGGACCUCGUCCCAGCUCUGACAUCUCGCUCCAAUUCCUCUGCAGGCGCAGCCACUUUCAGGAGGCCUGGAAUGGGCCUCUGCACAGCUCUUAUAAAGGUGCUGCCAGGCUAUGAAAACCUGCUGUUGGGCCACUCUAGCUGGUACACCUAUGCUGCCACUAUGCGGAUCUACAAACACUGGGACUUCAGGGUGUCCAAUGGGCAUGUCUCAACCGGACAGAUGUCGUUCAGCAGCUACCCUGGUUUCCUCAUGUCUCUGGAUGACUUCUACCUGCUUGGGAGCGGCCUGCUGAUGACUCAGACCUCUAUCGGCAUCUUCAACACCCCGCUGUUCUCUCGACUCAACCCUCACUGCCUGCUGGCUUGGCAGAGAGUCCGCCUGGCUAACGGUCUGGCACACACGGGAGAGGAGUGGGCGCAGAUUUUCUCUAAAUAUAACUCAGGUACAUAUAACAGCCAGUAUAUGGUGGUGGACCUGAACAAGGUGUCUCUGCGUCACAGUAUCAGCAGUGGAGCUCUGACAGUUCUGGAGCAGAUCCCGGGGAAAGUGGUCCACUCUGAUCAGACUCAAGCUUUACGAAGAGGUUACUGGCCGUCUUACAACAUACCUUUUCACGAUGAGAUCUACAACCUCAGUGGGUACAGCAUCAUGUGGAGGCGAUAUGGAGAAGAUUUCUCCUAUGACCUCUGUCCUCGAGCUAAGAUCCUCCGCAGGGACCAGGCCAAGGUGUCCGACCUCGGCUCCCUCAAGCACAUGAUGAGAUACAACAACUAUAAGAGAGACCCCUAUGCCAAGGGCCAUCCCUGUAAAACCAUCUGUUGCCGUAACGACCUGAGACCAAGGAGGCCACGUCCAGGAGGUUGCUAUGACACCAAGGUGACCGACUACCAGAUGGCCUUACAGCUGUCUGCCGAGGCCAUAAACGGUCCCACAACGCAGGGGGGCCUGCGUCCGUUCUCAUGGCGCUCCUUCAACCUCACGGCUCAUCAGGGUCUCCCACACACCUACGUGUUUCCUUUCAUCACCAUGACGCCCACACUGCACCGGCCCUGAGACACGGCCUCCCCUCCACCUGUUAUUACUGAGCUAUAACUAUAAUCCAGGGUGGAUGUUGAUGAUUUUAUUAGAUUGUUGACAAAAAAAAAAUUUUCUAACAUUUUUCUUUUAUUUAACUGUUAUUUUCUGAGUCUUUUCAGAGAUAGGAGCUUCACAUGAAGCUGUUUUUAAUGUGAAAUUUAUUAUUAAUAAUUUAUUAUAAAAGUUAUAUUGUUUUGUCCUGACUCGUGUUCGGUUGUGUCUGUAUAUAUAUUCCUUUCUGUGCCUCUGAUCCCCCUUGGGGUACAAACUGCUCCACCGUGCAGUCCUGAUUAAAAAAAACAAACAUAAAAAAGCAUUACUUUUAACAAACCUGAAUGAAAUCUGUUUGUUUACAUAAGUGUUAUGAAUAUGUGUUGCACUGAGUUUUUUUCCCCCAGGCUUCUGCUGUCAGUUGUUACGGAGGUUUAUGUUAUCAGAAAACCGCAGACCCUCAUGUCAGGUAAAUAAACAGACACCUCAGAGUGUGAAGGGUCUUCAUAGAGGAACUGUUUUCUUUUUUAAAUAUAUGCAGAGAUAGAAACCAAAAACUGUACACUGAUUUGUUGAAGUUUUUGAGCUGACACUUGAAAAUGGCAGAUAAGUUAGUUUUACUAUGCUUUGCCAAAGAAUACACUCUUUCUAAAUGUUUUCCUUUCAGUCAAGUUUGCUAAUUUUUUUUUAAAUUCCUUUACGAUUUCCCAACACAAUCUUAGUCCCUCAGGUGCUACAUGACUGUGCUUGUUAGUGUUGCUGUGAAAUUCUAAGCUAGAAGCACUCACAGCUGCUUUUCAUCAGAUAUUUACAUAAAAAUUGCUUAAUCUUCAUCUUUUUUCUGGUGUAGAGUGAAAAAUAUAUUGAAUAAAGGAAAUUACAUGUUGAGGAAAGAUUAAAUCUGCUUUUUUGCUUUUAAUUAUUGAGCUAGUUUAAGCAUAAAACCACUCAAUGUUCCAUUAGGUUAUUAUCACAAACUUUUAUUUAU